AUGGACCACGGUGGCAACUCCGCUCACCACACGAACGGCUGUGUUGAUAGCAGCACACAUGCCAAUGCCAACACAAACGUGGGCGGCAAUGCGGACACCAACAGCAGCGCAACCUCCAAGACGAAUGCCACAGACGACAAGACCUACAGCCUGUGCCCCCGGGUGUACUUUAGGCAAUUCCAAGAGGCCUGGAUACCCACCAUGACACCCCACUUAAGAUCGAUUGAAUUCCAAUUACUUUACCAGCGUCUGACACCAGAAAGAUACGACGUCUACAAAAGAUACCUCGACACAGCGCAUGGAAUUAGCAACGCCAUCGAGAAGAAUAUGCACAACUGGUGCAAGGAGCAGCUGCGUCAAGGCAACCGCAUCUCUCGUCGUCAGAUCUUGGCGAAUAUCCGGUCCAUAUGCAGAACGAUCGACGAGCGCCUGGAUGUCCUCAAGGAGCAGUUCGACUGGGAGAUUAUGGAUCUUGAAAGAGCUGAGGCUGAGAGUCUGAGACGCAGACUUGAGAGUCGCAGGUCUAGGCAUGAGGGUUGGAUGUAG